GCGUAUUAGAGUUGUGACCAGUAACACGGAAGUGUAGAUUGGUGGUAGCAAGUGCCGCUCGCUGUUCCCUUGUCACUUGUUUUGAGUCAAGCUCUGUGAUGGACGUUGACUGGAUUGGGUUUAGCUAUGCAGCAGCCAUUGCCCUCGGAGGAUUUAUGGGAUACAAGAGAAGAGGAAGUGUGAUGUCCCUGAUGGCUGGCUUAGUUUUUGGUGGAUUAUCUGCUUAUGGUGCCUACAACCUCUGUCAUGACCCGCGUGACAUCAAGGUCUCGUUGCUUGCCUCGGGAGUCCUUUCAGUCGUGAUGGGAAUGAGAUACAAGAAAUCUGGGAAAUUAAUGCCGGCUGGCAUUAUGUCGGGGCUCAGUUUGUUGAUGGUGUUCCGACUUUUACUCCUGAUCAUGAUGUGACUGAAGAAGCACUAAGCAGAGUGAGGACACCCGGCCUCUCAAGUAACCAGCCAUCCCCAGUUAGCAUGCUAACUCCAGUCUGCUGUUUUGUCUGGUAACUUGCUUUUCAUGUUAUUGAAACAUUGCACAAGCUACAGAUUUAAAAUGAACUGGCAAACGCCUUGCAGUAAAUCGUUUCUUUUUUGUUUACAGCCUUGUGCAUAAAUAUAGAUCUCACAAUUUGACAUUCAUUUUUGUAUUGUGUUAUUACCACAGAUGUAUUCAUUCAUAUUAUUGACUAGCAGCAAAGCAGCAGAUAAACUUUGUGAGGGCUAUUGUAUAGGGCUGCAACUAACUAUUAUUUUCAUUAUCAGUAAAUCGAUCAAAGGUUUUGUCAAUAAAAUCUCAGAAAAUAGCAAAAAAUGCUUUCCUAGAGCUAAAGGGGUGUCUUCAUAUGUCUUGUCAGUCCAAAACUCAAAGAUAUUCAGUUUGCUAUCAUGUAUGACAAAGAACAGCAUGAAAUAAUGAGUACUCGAUUAUCAAAAUAGUUGACAAUUAAUUUUCUGUCAUUUAACUAAUCGUUGCAGCUCCACUAUUUUUUCUUAGUAGUGGGUUUACAACUGUACACACAUCAAGAUUUUUAAGAUGAAAUGUUCAGUUUGUUGUAAAAAGGGAAGAAGUUUAAAGAAUGAACAGCUCACAUGCCAAGAUGUCUUUAUGGAAAAAAUAAUUAAAGUGAACGUGAUUAAAGUCUUUUUGAUUUUUGUAAUAAAUAACAAAACCAAAUAAAUAGAUGUGAUUCUCAAAGUAAA